AUGGAUUCAGGGACUUUGCCAAUACGAAGUUAUGUACCAGCAAAUCCAGACGGACCGUUUCCUUAUUCAGCAGAAGAUCUCACACCAUUGGAUGCAGGAGACGACUCUGGAUUUUACGCUGCUCCUCGGUUUGUGACACAUAUUGACGACAAUGCGAUCAACACUCUUCGAAGAUAUUAUGAUCAGGUCUUGCCGCGAAAGGGACGAAUUCUCGAUUUCUGUAGCAGCUGGAUUUCACACUACCCCAACGAAGUCGCCCAGGCGGCAUCAUCUGGACAAGUGGAGGUGGUCGGUACGGGCAUGAAUGAGAAAGAAUUGAACAAGAACCCAAUCCUGAAGCACUGGUCUGUACAGAAUUUGAAUGAAGAUCCCGCAGUUCGGUUGCCAUUUUCGGUGGAAGGCAAACUCGAUGCCUCGACAUGUGUAGUGUCCAUCGACUAUCUGACAAAGCCUGUGGACGUGCUUCAAAGCAUUCGGAGGCAGACAAACGAAGGAGGCAAGGUCCAUCUGAUCAUCUCAAAUCGAUGUUUUCCCACCAAAGUCGUCGGUCGGUGGCUGAAGGUGGAUGAGGACGAGAGGCUGAAUAUGGUGGGCGACUAUCUGUGGUGGAGCGGCUGGAGGAAGAUUGAAAUACAGACUUUGGUAGAGGGAUCUCUCAUGCGCGAUCCUCUCUGGGUGGUCAGAGGAGAGAAUGAAGAGGCUCACCAGGCCAACAAUCACAAGGCUGAACCACAAGGCUGA